AUGGAAUUGCUGGUUGGCUGCCAUUUACCUACCUGGACCAUCAUGCCGGACAGCCAGCAGUUCCAACCAAGCCACUCCUUGCAGGUGCGCAUGUGGCGCGUGCGUUUGCUGCGCCGCGAGGACACGGCGGACGCCGAGGCGGACCCCACGGAGGAGGAGGAGGAGGAGGAAGAGGAGGAGGAGGAGGAGGAGGAGAAGGUGCGCAAGGGUGAGGCAGUGGCCGUGUUGGCUACCUGCAUGGACGCCCUAACGACAGAGCGCUAUGCAGGCAAACGGCCGGCGAGGCUGCCUGAGGAACCGCCCUAUGAUGCCAUCCGACUGGAGGAGCUUCCUUUGAGCUUCUUGACCUGCGAUUGUGCGGCCGAAGGGAAUUCCUUCUGCAUCAUCUUCCGUCCGCAACUGUCGCGAAUUUCUGAAGGAGAUCAACUGGAGGUUGAGUUGCUUGGCCUCCGUGGAAGCAGUCAAAGGCACCACUUCUUCCACGAGUUUCGAAGUUGCGGCGAGUUGGCCUGGCAGGAUCAUGAGUUCUUUGAAGAAGUUCAGAACUUUUGCAAGAUGUUCAGUGACAUUGACGUCUUCAAGGGCACGUUGCCAGCACUGCCCAAGACGCUUUCCAGAAGUUUUUCGCUGGCCGACAAUUCAUUGCCCGAUUUGCGGCCCAUUUCGCAUCUCUCCAAGGACUUCAAAACGGAUGACAUGGAACUGUCCAUGUAUUUCUACUGUGCCGGAGCGGCGGCCUUUGAAGCUGACUUGUACUUGCAGAGAUCCGACGGCAAGAUCAAGGUGGAUCGAUCGACCUUGGUCUUCAACUUGGAUGAUCACUUCCUAGUGCGCGUCAAGCUUCCAUGCUCCGUCUCCAAGUACGAACUCGCCUUCCGACUUUCCACGACGCAACGUCCUCGAAAGCUGGUGGAGCAUCCCCUCAAGCUGGAGGGCCCAGCUGCAAAAAGGUACAGCAUCCGUUCAUUGGAGUCGAGGUCCUUUCCCUUGACCACGGUGGAAGAUCCCCCAUCGCAGAAGUAUCAGCGCUACGGCUUCUGCCCUGUGCCGCCUACAGCGCAGCUACUGGGAAUGACCAUCCUGGCACCCAUGGAGUAUGGUCUUCUACCCGGAAGCCUGUAUUUUCUGGUGCACAUCCAACCUGCCUGCCUUCCUGUGGAGGUGCCCCCUGAACCUGUGGGGGAAAUGCGCCCCACCCAGCUCUUCGAACGUCUCCGAUGUGAUCAUGAAGAGGCAGAAGAGCGAGCUCUGGAGAUGCAGGUCAUCAAGCAGAAAGAUCCGCUCUUUUCCGCCGAGAGGGGCGAUGCCUCCACGCGAAUGGAUGAGAUGCUGCGGAGGAGAAGCUUUCAGAACACUCAGCGCAUGAUGUUGCACCGACCCUCCGUCGCGGCGAUGGACCCCACUGUCAACGUGAUGAGAAGGUUACAUCACGGCCUGGAACUCCAUCUGGCUGAGAGGACACAGGACCUACCGCAGAUGAUGCAUUUGGACUUGGUCGUCAGGGAGAGCCGCUCCAACCAGCAACGUUUCGCAGCAUGGCCCAGGAGGGAUGAUGGAGGGGAUGCCCUUCGUUUGCAACGCAAACUCGAUCAUCCCGAGUUCUAUGAAGGUGCCCAUGGGCGGAGGAUUUCCUUGAACCGAGGUGUGUUGCAUUUGGCAGAUCAUGAUCCUGGUGCCAAAAUCGAGUUGUACUACAGGAUCACUGAGGAGACGGCAGGGCAGGCGUUUCAAUGGUUUCAAUGGAUCGGUGAAUCCACAGGGCCUGGCGCCUCCUGA